AAGUUGUUUUUGCUUGAGGAAUGUGAUUACUUAUGCAUGCGUUGGGGUGGAGCAACUUAAGUUGUGUAUUUUAGAUGUUCUUAAAAAUGUGUGCUGCUUCAGUCUUUCUUUGCUUUCUAGGAUGAGCCAAGUUCAGAAAUACUAUUUACAGGAAAAGCUGUAACUAGAGGAUGCCAGCCCCCAUCAGACUGCGGGAGUUGAUCCGGACCAUCCGGACAGCAAGAACUCAGGCAGAAGAGCGUGAGAUGAUCCAAAAGGAAUGUGCUGCUAUCCGGUCAUCCUUCCGAGAGGAAGAUAACACGUACCGAUGCAGAAACGUGGCAAAGCUGCUGUAUAUGCACAUGCUGGGAUACCCUGCACAUUUUGGACAGUUGGAGUGCCUCAAGCUCAUUGCCUCUCAGAAAUUCACAGACAAGCGCAUUGGGUAUUUAGGUGCCAUGUUGCUGCUGGAUGAGAGACAGGAUGUCCAUCUUCUUAUGACCAAUUGCAUCAAGAAUGACCUUAAUCACAGCACGCAAUAUGUGCAGGGGCUGGCACUCUGCACUCUCGGCUGCAUGGGCUCCUCAGAAAUGUGCAGAGACCUUGCAGGAGAGGUGGAAAAGCUCCUCAAAACUUCUAACUCCUAUCUUAGGAAGAAGGCAGCAUUGUGUGCUGUUCACGUCAUUAGAAAGGUGCCUGAACUCAUGGAGAUGUUCCUGCCAGCCACCAAAAACUUGCUGAAUGAGAAGAACCACGGUGUUCUUCACACAUCAGUUGUCCUCCUCACAGAGAUGUGUGAGAGAAGCCCAGACAUGCUUGCACACUUCAGAAAGAAUGAAAAGCUUGUUCCCCAAUUAGUUCGUAUUCUGAAGAACCUUAUCAUGUCUGGAUAUUCACCAGAGCAUGAUGUGUCUGGGAUCAGUGACCCCUUUUUGCAGGUACGAAUCCUGCGGCUACUAAGAAUUUUAGGACGAAAUGAUGAUGAUUCUAGUGAAGCAAUGAAUGAUAUACUUGCACAGGUUGCCACUAAUACAGAAACAAGUAAAAACGUGGGAAAUGCCAUUCUCUAUGAAACUGUGCUGACUAUUAUGGACAUAAAAUCUGAGAGCGGACUGAGAGUGUUAGCCAUUAAUAUCCUAGGCCGUUUCUUAUUAAACAACGACAAAAAUAUUAGAUACGUAGCUUUGACGUCGUUGUUGAAAACUGUGCAGACAGACCAUAAUGCAGUACAGCGGCAUAGAAGCACGAUAGUGGACUGCCUGAAGGAUCUGGAUGUCUCCAUUAAAAGGCGUGCAAUGGAACUGAGUUUUGCUCUUGUUAAUGGGAACAAUGUCCGUGGAAUGAUGAAGGAGUUGCUGUAUUUCCUAGAUUCCUGUGAACCAGAGUUCAAGGCAGACUGUGCAUCUGGAAUAUUUCUUGCAGCUGAAAAAUAUGCUCCUUCCAAACGCUGGCACAUAGACACAAUUAUGAGAGUCUUAACAACCGCAGGAAGUUAUGUUCGUGAUGAUGCUGUUCCCAAUCUGAUUCAGCUAAUAACUAAUAGUGUGGAGAUGCAUGCCUACACUGUGCAGAGACUCUACAAAGCCAUCCUUGGUGAUUACUCUCAGCAGCCCCUGGUGCAAGUGGCCUCUUGGUGCAUAGGAGAGUAUGGAGAUCUUUUGGUGUCUGGUCAGUGUGAAGAGGAGGAACCAAUACAGGUAACGGAGGAUGAAGUUCUUGAUAUUUUAGAGAGUGUCCUGAUAUCUAAUAUGUCUGCAUCUGUUACACGAGGCUAUGCUCUCACUGCCAUCAUGAAGCUUUCCACAAGGUUCACCUGCACUGUCAAUCGCAUUAAGAAGGUAGUUUCCAUUUAUGGCAGCAGCAUUGAUGUGGAGCUACAGCAGAGGGCAGUGGAAUAUAAUGCACUUUUCAAGAAAUAUGAUCACAUGAGGCCAGCCCUGCUGGAGAGAAUGCCAGUAAUGGAGAAAGCCACCACAAAUGGCCCCACUGAGAUUGUACAGACCAACGGAGAGACAGAGCCAGCGGUACUGGAAACCAAACCUCCACCCUCUGGAUUGCAGCCUGCUAGCCAGGCAAAUGAUUUGUUGGACUUGUUGGGGGGAAGUGAUAUAACACCUGUAAUCCCCACUGCACCUACAAGCAAGCCAGCCUCUGCUGGUGGAGAGCUCCUGGACCUCCUGGGAGACCUCAACCUAACAGGUUCUCCAGUAUCUGCCCCUGCACCCCAGAUAGCACAGCCUUCGUUCCUGCUUGAUGGACUUCCACCACAGCCUCUCUUCAAUGGUAUUGCUGCAGGAAUCCCCUCAAUUACUGCAUACAACAAGAAUGGGCUGAAGAUUGACUUCACCUUUGAGAGGUCAAACACCAACCCCAGUGUCACUGUAAUCACGAUACAGGCCUCCAACAGCACAGAGCUGGAUAUGACAGAUUUUGUUUUCCAAGCUGCAGUACCAAAGACAUUCCAGCUGCAGCUCCUGUCUCCCAGCAGCAGUGUCAUCCCUGCAUUUAACUCGGGGACCAUCACACAGGUCAUUAAAGUCCUGAACCCACAAAAGCAACAACUACGUAUGCGGAUCAAGUUGACAUAUAAUCACAAGGGCUCAGCAAUGCAGGAUCUAGCAGAAGUCAACAACUUCCCCCCUCAGUCUUGGCAGUGAGGCUCUGGCACCAUUCUUAUUCUCACCCCACCCAAUCAAAAGAACUCUGGGAAGAAGGUUGUGAUCCUUGGCAAUCCCCCAAACUGCACCAUGGGCACGGGGAACAGAUGAGACCUGCUGAUGAGGAGGAAUUUUCCUGAAGUGAUUGCUGACUUUGAAGCAUAUCUGUUAAGACUAAUCUCCUCUCCUCCGCUGAUGAGGCUGGCGGCUUGUGGAGGCUACUGUGCACUCCCUCACACAUGCAUUCACAGCCAGAAGCAACAUUCCCUUCUCCCCUCCCCCCUGCCCCCCUGCAAAGAAACACAGCCUGGUUGGAAGAGAAGUCUGGAAUUUCUAGCAGGGAAACUUUCUUCUCUCUGCAGCAAGUGAACAGCUGCCCCUUCUUUCUGCUGUCUUUUUUCCCUGGGGUGGGCAAGGCGUGUUGUCAUUCAUUACUAGCUGGAUUCCUUCAGGCACUUUCAUCUGGGGCACAGACUGGGGACUUGGGGAACAUCAGGCUGCCCUUCCUCUUUCUUCUUGUAUCCCCCAUGUCCGAAGGGGCUGGAGGCUUCUUAUGGCCUAUUCAGUGCAUUAUUGUAUACACCCACCUCUUAGUUAUGUGAGACAUACCAAGAGCAAGUUAGGCCUUGGGAGUUCAUCUGCAAACCUGGGGCAGUGCAGGAAAAGAGGUGCUGGUGAGAGCUGAUAAAAUUGCUUUGGUGCUGUACUUGGAAAUGAAGACCUUACACUUGAAUUUUCUUUCUUUCUUUCCAUCAAUAGCUACAGCCAUGCAGAUUCACAGUGUUCUGUAGCUUCCCCAGAAAGUGUGGUGAUGUAUGAGAGAUUUAGAGAUCCAAGGAGCAGCUGGUUUUCUACCACAGAUGGUUUCAAAGCCUUUUAACCCAUUAGUUGUUGUUUAUGGGUAGAAAAACAUUCAGUUUUGUAGAUCAGUCUUUGAGCAAGGAUUCUGUUCCUGCUGGGAGACUAAUCAGAGACUAUGCUGCAAAGUUGCUCUUCCCAGUUAUUCCAGACCUUCUCCCCAAUUUAAUUUCCAGAGCCUGUUGUAGACCCCCUAGAUUCCAUUUGAGUUACUUCUGACUGGGAUACUUGUGUUGUAACUGUAAUAUUGGCACUGAAAUAAAGACCAUGCGGUUUAAAGAGACCUUUUCCCAUUUUGUUACUUAAUUGAUCCUUGUAGUUUGCUCCUUGCUCCCCCUUCAGAGAAAUGUGCUAGUUCAGGUUCAGACUGAAAGUAACUAAACUGUUUUUUGAAUGGAAGCCAGUCGUUUGAGUAUUUGAAUCCAAAGCUGUGAGGCCCAGUACUAUUCUAAGCGUACAGAAAGCUGUGGUCAGUUACGCUUCCUCGUGUGAGCAGCUGUCAAGGUGGUACAGCUCUGAGUUCUCAUGGAGACUACACGCAGGACAUAAAGCACGGUGAAACAAAACUAUUUAAAUGUUCAGCUCUCUUUGUUGAGGAAGAGAGGAGGAUAUAUCUUAGGUCUUCAUCCAUGAGUGUGCUGGCAAGCUGACGGUACUCCAGCUUCCAACCCAGUGCUUUCUCAAAAGAAACAGAUGGCACGUCUGCUUUAUUUCUGUUCUAGGGCUUUCCAGAUAGUGAUCGUUCAGUGUUCUGGUGGGAAGCUUAGACACAGCUUUUUGUGUCUGCAAAAGUGCUCACACUAGGCUCCAGUCGUUGCCAGAAACAUUGCAGGAGUGGUGCACAGUGUACUUAGGGAAAAUUGAAGACCUAUUCUGCCCUUGAAUUGGGAGUAGGAGACCACUAAAGGUUGUUCAGUCUGCUUUGGUUUUAACUGCAUUAAGUAAUAUAAUGUAGGACUGACCGUCACUUAAGUGCUGAUCUCUGUAGUGGAGUAAGUUUAGUUUCUCUUGGAGGGCAUUUUUGCUGCCUUACUGAUUAAGCAGGUUUGGGCCUUUGAAUUAGCAAAGAGUUUUAUUAUUCUACUGGAACUGGUAUCAGCAUGGGGUAAAAUCUAGAAUAAUGAUGUAUGAUUUCCUUAAGUAAUUCUGGUUGUGGCAGGGUGAUGCCCUGACUGUCGGUGGUGAGAGAGACACUGUGCUUCAGCGAGAAGCAUCAUGAAGCAGGUGGUCUUGUAGGUGCUGACCUUUGUUGCUCUCACCAGUUGUGACUAUUCACUACCCCACUAGCUCAGGCUCCUCGGUGUUGAAGACUGAGCACGUUGAAUCUAGACUCCAGUGAGCUAACGGAAAGUCUUUGACUUAGUUCCUGAACUCCGCACAGAAUGUAGAUGGUCACUUGUGCUGGAAGCUGGCACGCCUUAGUCUCUGUUUGGUUUUGCUGAGAAAGAGCGCUGAUGCAGGAGACCAGAUGGCGAGGAUUAAUUAAAUGGUCUCUCACCCGGCCAGUUUGUUGCAGUAUAGUUGGGAACAGGUUGUCUUGUCCCUCUUGUGGCACUUGUUUUCUGUCCCCUAGAGCAGCUGGGUUUUGUUGUUGGUCUCUGUCUGGUUGGUAAGUUUGUAGGGUGAAUUCCUGCUAUGUUCUUGGCGCCUUCAGCCACCCUUGCACAGUGUUUGUGUCUUGGGAAAUAGGCACUUUGUCAUAUUCUUCUGAGUCAAGCUGAAGGAGGCAGUGCACAUACCUGCAAUGCGUUUUGCUUGAAGCCAUCCCUUGGCUGUGAAGUUCUCCUCUGUAGCAGCUGAACAUUCCUGUUGUCCUUGGAGCUCAUUCCCUUCCCGCCAAGGGAUGGGGCGCUCACGCGCCGUCAGAAGGCGGCCAGGUUUCACAUGUUCCCAUAUCUGCAAUACUAGAUACCACUGCUUGCUCCUUGACCCCUGGGUGCAUCUCUUAGGCUCUGUGCUGCUGCUUUGUCUUCUCACUGGAGAGUACUCACAUGUCCACAUCUGAGGCGCUCGGAGGACAGGGUGAGUCUUUUUUUCCACCAAUUGAAUGCAACAGUUCUUACAGGUCUGGUCAACGUUUUCCUUGCUUCAGUGUAAAGGGACUAUAAAGGCAGCAAGAUACAGACUUCAUGGCUAAUCUUACUAAUAUCUGCAUUGGAGACUUUGGAGCUGGGAGAGACUGAAUGUCUGUUUUUUCAAGUGAAUGUAUUUUGAGUCAAAAAAUGACAGAAUAGUGGCCAUAAUAGGCCUGAAGGGGGAGGAGACAUGGGAAGGUCCCAAGAUUCGACUUUGUCCAGGUUUUGAUGGGACAAAAUAUGGCCUUGAACAACCUUUUGAAGCAAUAGCAGUGAGGGGGCUGCCACCUGUACAGUACCUUGGAUAAAUAACUCGGAAGAUGCUGAAACAGCUGGGAAAGGUGACUUGGUGCCUUCCCCAAAGCUGGUACUAGCUGCAAGAUGGAGCAGCAAAGAUGGCUUUUUUUUUUUUUUUUUUUUUUUUUUUUUUUAGAUCUGCUGGUGCGCUUUCUAUGUGUUCAUUUUCUACUUGGGGGCUGUGAGGGAAGAAGCUACUGGACUGCUUCCCUCUGAACUUUCACUCUACUCCUGUAUAUUCCUUUUUUCCCGAUGUUGUAAUUUACAUUUUACAUAGAGCCCCAUCCCACCUCUUUGACAGUAUGGUAAAAAAAAAACCAAACUCCCAAACAAAAAAGCCCGAAACAGAACCCCAACAAACCCAACCAAAUUUGAAAUAAAAACAUGCCAUUUGAGCAGGGAGCCUGGUGGCAUUCUGACUUCUGCAGACCUAUUUUUGAGAUGUGAAAAAUUUAAAUAAAUGCUGAGUCUUAGGUGAGUGAGGAGCAUAACGGAUGUAAACAUUUACAUGGGAUGCAUUAGACUUCUGCUGUGUGUAUUGUCUUUUGGUUGAAACAAAUUAUGAAGUGACUAAUAAAAUGAGUCAAUAUUCAAUGAUUUAAAA